AUGUCGUUUGUCCAUGCCAAGUGUUCAGUCGAGGAGCGUCGAGAAUUAUGGUGCAAUUUAUUAAAUGACAAACCAAUCUCUCUUCCUUGGUGUAUUGGGGGUGACUUUAAUGUCAUCUUAGCUGCUCAUGAAAAAAGCGGUGGUCGUCCAUUCACAAUAGCGGAGGGGGUGGAUUUCAUGUCUUUCAUGGAGGAGGCGGGGGUUUUUGAUAUAGGCUUCUCUGGAGCUAGUUUCACCUGGUCUAAUAAUCGGAGAGGUAGAGCCAGGGUUUCAAAGAGGUUGGACAGGUUUCUAAUUAAUGGGUCAUGCUUGGAAAUUUCAGAUGUAAUUUCUGUGAUUCACUUGGCAAGACAUCCUUCAGAUCAUGCACCGUUGAAGAUUUCUUUUGUGGAUCAAUCAGACAAUAAGCCGCGGCCUUUCCGUUUCUUGAAUAUAUGGACUACCAAACCUGAACUCUUGGAGGUUAUUCGGCAAGCUUGGAAUCAAGAUGUGGUUGGUUCUCCGUUACGAGUACUAUGCUCCAAAUUAUUGGCAACGAGGAGGGCUAUUCAAGUAUGGAAUAAACAACACUUUGGAAGUAUAUUUGAUGCUGUGCGAUCUGCGGAAAUGGCAGUCCAACGGGCAGAACAAGUUGUGGAUCAAAAUGUCUCCGAGGAAUUUCAUGUUCAGCUUAGCAAGGCUCAGGCGAAAUUAUGGCAUGCACUAUCAAUUGAAGAACAAUUCUGGAGUCAAAAGGCCAGAAUAAAAUGGCUUGCAAAGGGAGAUCGUAAUUCAAGGUAUUUUCAUGCGGUUGUAAAGCAGAGACGAGCUCAAGGAAGGAUACAUCGUAUCAAAAAUUCCAAUGGUAUUUGGGUGGAGUCGAAGGCUGAAAUAGUAUCUGAAGCAAUAACAUACUUCUCAGAUAUUUUCACAACGGCCUCUUUACAGUCUUCUACUGAUUUGCUGCAUUUAAUCCCGCCUAUGAUCUCGGAAAAUGACAAUGACAAAUUGGAAAAAUUACCCUCGAUUGAGGAGGUCUAUCGAGUUGUGAGAUCAAUGGAUGGAGAUAGUGCUGCGGGCCCAGAUGGAUUCACUGGCAAAUUCUUUACAUUUGCAUGGGAAGUUGUCGCCCAAGAUGUUCAUAAUGCAAUUCUCAGUUUUUUCUGUGGGGCAGAGUUACCUCGAUUCAUCACUUCUACCUCUAUUGUAUUAAUUCCCAAGACGACAAAUCCUCAAGAUUUCUCUCAAUAUAGGCCAAUCAGUCUGUGUAAUUUCUUCAACAAGCUAAUAUCCCGGAUUUUAGCAGAUAGAGUGGCUUCUAUAUUGCCAAAAAUUAUUUCUCCCCAGCAAACAGGAUUUGUGAAGGGACGUAAUAUAACAGACAAUUUUCUUUUAGCUCAAGAGAUAGUAUCGGGCAUUGGAAAAAAGAAAAGAGCUGGAAAUGUGGCAAUGAAGCUGGACAUGUCUAAGGCAUAUGAUCGGGUGGCAUGGGAUCAUAUUACUGGUGUUCUAAGAAGAUUUGGUUUUGGGGAAAGAUUCAUUGAUCUUGUAUGGCGAUUGAUUUCUAAUGUUUGGUUUUCGGUCAUUAUAAAUGGGUCUACCCAUGGUUUCUUUAAAUCUUCAAAAGGAUUACGUCAGGGUGACCCUUUAUCGCCUGCUUUAUUCAUUAUAGGAGCUGAGGUUUUGUCUAGAGGUUUGAAUAAUCUUGCCUUGCAAUCGGGAUUUGUGGGCUUCAAAACUCCAUACGCAUGCCCUUCUAUAACACAUUUGGCAUUUGCGGACGAUGUCCUCAUAUUUGCAAAUGGAUCUUCUCAUUCUUUAAAGGCCAUCAUGCAGCAUCGAUUAUCCCAGCUAAAGUAUUUAGAACUAUACAAAAUGCUUUGGAGGUCAUCAUCCGAGAUGUCCAAGUAUCACUGGAUACGGUGGUCUCUGAUGUGUUAUCCAGUAGACGAGGGAGGAGUUGGCUUUAGAAGACUUCAGGACGUCUACAGAGCAUUUUCAUUCAAGCUUUGGUGGAAUUUCAGAAAGGGGAUAUUGUUAUGGGCUCAAUUUAUGAAAGCAAAGUACUGUAGACAACAACAUCCCUGCCAAGUAGAAAUCAAAACAACGGACUCGGCACUCUGGAAAAGGAUGGUGAAUGUGAGUCGACAAGUGGAACUUUCUAUGCUAUGGGUGGUCAAAGAUGGAGCUUGUCAUUUUUGGUACGACAAUUGGUUGGAUAAUGGUGCAUUAUUCCUCCAAGCCACGGUUAUCCCAAACUUAUCUUUUAGUAACUUUAUCAGUAAUGGACAUUGGGAUACGAGUCGAUUAUGUCAGUCACUGCCAAGUCAAAUGGUGACCUCCAUUUUAAACCACCUGGUCCCCGAAGAAGGGGGUGAAGCGAAAGUCAUAUGGAUGCCUACUUCUUCUGGAAAUUUCUCUCUUGCUUCAGCUUUUCGGGAUAUUAGGCAAGCCCGUAACACGUCAAUGGUGUUUGAUAGAAUUUGGCAUCCUUGUCUUCCUUUGAAAGUUUCUUUCUUCAUGUUAAGACUGUUGCUGGGGAGACUGCCAAUACCCGACAGGUUACGUAACAUUGGUUUUCAUCUUCCAUCAAAGUGUUUUUGCUGUCCAUUGGCAUCUGAGGAAUCAAUCGAACAUUUAUUUUCAAAUGGCAAUAUAGCAUCAACAAUUUGGAAUUAUUUUGGAGCUGCAUGUGGAUUUGAUUUAUCAGGGUCAUCUUUGAGACUCCGCAUAGUGGGUUGGUGGUUGAAUUCAUACGAUUCUGAGAUACGUCGGUUCAUUGGACGGGUUCUUCCCAGUGUUGUGUGUUGGCAUAUUUGGAAGGCAAGAAAUAAAACAAUGUUUGACGAUGUCCAGAUGAGGUCGAUUGCCAUUUGUCAUGCCAUUUUUUCCGAAAUCCAAUCCAUGGUGGGAAUUUUUUUCAAAAAACCUCUCCGAGUACCAUCAUUUUAUCAUUUGUAUGACUGGCCUAAUUCAUCGGAGGUUAGGUUUACAUAUAAACUUGUACGAUGGGAAACGAAGGAAUCUGGUCGCCUUACACUUAAUACGGAUGGAUGUUCUAAAGGUAAUCCAGGAGUGGGUGGAGGCGGUGGAGUUCUUCGGGAUUCAAAUGGCCUACCUUUGAUUGGUUUCUCGGCAUAUUUUGGGGAAACAACAUGUCUCCAUGCAGAAGCUCGUGCCCUCCUUAUUGGUCUCCAAAUCAGUGCACAUAGGGGUUAUUUGAAUCUCUAUGUGCAAUCUGAUUCGUUGAUAUUAAUUGGAAUUCUCCAGCAUCGCAUUCAUUGUCCUUGGCACAUUAGACGGGUUAUUAGGCAGAUUUGGCAGAUCAUGGAAGAUCCAGAUCGAUUUUCCCAUUGCUACAGGGAAGCAAACACAGUGGCUGAUGUGUUGUCCAACGAGGGCGUAUCUCAUCCACAGCAGCAACUCAGGAUAUAUGAGACAUUUAAUACAUUUCCACCUAUGGCUCGUGGAGCAAUUCGUCUGGAUAAGCUAGGAAUGCCUUCAAUUCGAAAAAUUAGGCUUGUGUAA